UGGAAUGAAGGCGUUGGAAGCAGUUGCGGAGGCGGCCAGGAGGGGGCGCGCGAGAGCAGGCGGGCGUUGGGAGCCGCGGUGGCGCAAGCCCUCGAUGGAGCCAGAAGCGGAAAAGCGGGGCAGAGAAGCCAUGGCUCAUGGCAACCCCAUGCCUAAAUUCUACAAAUCGGUUAUGGAUGAUGUGAUCGAAGGUGUCCGGGAUGUCUUCAUGGAAGAAGGGGUCGAUGAACAGGUCCUGAAAGAGCUGCAGCGGCGCUGGGAAAGUAAACUGAUGCAGUCGAAAGCAAUGGAAGGCUUUUUCCGGCACAGGAAUGUUUUGCCUCAGUUCACCUUGCAUCUGCCCCACCAUUUCCACCAGAUGUCAACAGGUGCUGCGGCUGUUAGAGGGAUUCGGCAGUUUGCUACUUCAGCGUCAGCGACAACAGCGGCAGGAGCAGCUGUGGAGCCUGCAGCAGAACGGGGCUCCUCUAGGACUGGCAGUGCAUUUCUUACUCUGCCUUCAGGCCUUGCCUAUCCUAUUCAAAUACCUGCUGGAGUGACUCUUCAAACUGCUUCUGGGCACUUGUAUAAAGUCAGCAUGCCUGUGGUGGUGACCCAGGCCACCGGAAAUGGCAGUGCUGCCCCACAGACAUUCCAGCAGCCUGGGAAGGAUCCAUUGGCAUCUCAGCCCAUCACUGAGUCUCCAGAUGAAGGAAACACAGCCAGCAAAGAAGACUCACAAAAAAUGAAGUCUACUGGAACCAAGGAAAUAGGAAUGCAAGAGGAGAAAACCAUGGAGAGUCGGGGAAAAAGGGCAGCGGGGGCACCAGUAAGUACACGGCCAUGUAGCUCCCUUGAGACUCCCCAAAAAACCGAAAUUCCAAGAGCUGCUCCCACCUCAAAGCUGCUGGAAUCAGAUGGCGCCACAAUGUCCAAGGAAGUGAUGGGAGGCAACCCUUCUGUCAGGAGAGAAUUGUCUGCCAAUCUUGAGCGGGUCCUGGGUCCUGACGAUAUCAUCGAGCUGAUAAUCAUGGGUAAUGAGCUAGACGGCGGUGCCCUCCUGCCCAAUGAAGCUAAUCUGUCUUUGGCUGAAGAGCUAAAUCCGAGUGUCCAGAUGGACCCUGAUAUGCAGGCCCCAAAGGAUAUAGCCACCGACCUUAAAACCAUCAUUCAGUUAGAUGGGACAGGUGAUGCUUGCCCCAAGGCAGAAGUAGAAAGCCCACCUGACGGGGAGGAUGAGGAGCUUGUUGGCAUCAUUGACGCCGACGAUCUGAAAGUCCUGGAUGAAGAAGAGGAUGAAAAUAGCACUUCAGACAAUCAGUCUCUCAGCAGCACCAGUGAUGCCGAUGACCCCUCGGUUGACAUCACUGAGGAGGACCCUUUAAAUUCCGGUGAUGAUGUGAGUGAGCAGGAAACUCCAGAUGUCUUUGACACUGAUAAUAUAAUUGUGUGUCAAUAUGAUAAGGUUCAGCGAAGCAAGAACAGAUGGAAGUUCUAUCUGAAAGAUGGCGUGAUGUGCUUUGAGGGAAAGGACUAUGUUUUUUCCAAAGCUGUUGGAGAUGCGGAAUGGUGAGACAUAGGAAAAUACUGCAGUGCCGCUAUUAUUGUUGUUAUUAUUUAACUAAUUAAAGGAUGUGCUGUAACAUUCAUUGGGUAAACAGAAAAUCUUUUGUUCUGAAACACUGGAUGUGAAAAGAAACUUCACAUGCAAUACCUGUGACUAUAUAAAAGAAAUAAAUAUAUCCUGCCUUAA